UUUGAGUAAUUUUUGAACGCGCCAUUUUGAGAAUUUUCAGGUGACGCUGUGCUGCGUUAUCCUUUCUUUACCUUUUUGCAAGUGUAAAUAGUAACCAUUGCGCCAAAUUCAUCAAACAAAAUGGGCAAGAAAGAUAAAAAAGGUGAUACGUCCGAUGGAUCAAGUGAAGAGGAGUAUGUGGUGGAGAAAGUUCUCGACAAGCGUACGGUUAAAAACAAGGUGCAAUAUUUGCUGAAGUGGAAAGGAUACAAGGAAGAGGAGAGCACCUGGGAGCCCGUGGAGAACCUGGACUGCGAGGAGCUGAUCAAGACCUUUGAAGAAAACAGGAAGGAGAAAGAGAAAGCAAAAAAGCCAGAAGACCGUGGCAAGAAGCGCGUCCGGGAGUCUAGCGAAGAGACGACGUCGUCUGGCCGCAAGGGCCGCGGCGCCAGUGUGUCCUCUGCUGAUGAUCACAAGGAUGCCAAGCGCGAACGCAAAGAGGACAAGGCAAAGUCCGGAUUCGACAAGGGACUCAAGGCUGAGAAGAUUAUAGGUGCGUCUGACGCGACAGGCGAGUUGAUGUUCUUAGUGAAGUGGGCUGAUUCCGAUGAGGCUGAGCUUGUGCCUGCCAAGGUGGCUAAUUUGAGGUGCCCACAGCAGGUGAUCGCUUUUUACGAAGAGAGGCUGACCUGGCACACGCCGGCGGAGACCGAGUGAUAUACGAUGUACCGUGGCUUGCCCAGCAUCAAGUACGGCGGAGAUUACUUCUACGACCGAGCCACGGAGAUCCGCCAGCGGCAGCGCCAGCUAUAAACUCUACGGGUUGCCAACUAGGAAACAUUAAAUGUUGCCAUACUUCGCAUACUUCAAUUUGGUAGCUACAAUAAUGUGAAGUGGGAAAACUCAGUGGACUAAGUUUGUUUGGAUUAUUAGUUCUGUGAAUUCGGGUCGCGAAUCAAGAAAAUAGCUUUUAAGUGCUGUAAUUUAUUGCCAGAUGAAGUAGUGUUGGUAAAUAAAUUUAACUUCGUGUAAUACUAUAGCAAUCUUGUUUAAUCUUUUCAUUAUUCCGUUUGUGGUCUUUUAAUAUAAUAGUUAUAGGUAAGCAUACAAUAUACAUGACCAACCGCACACUACGUGCUACUUGGCGUGGCUUUCUUAAUUCGUUUCAUAAAGCUUUUAUACAUAUUUAAAAAUACAAAGAACUCUUAAGGAUUUUAGUGUGGAUUCGUGAUGUAUGUCGAGACCCCAGCUCAUGCUUUAAUAUUUAGUUAUGGACUGUGGGUAGAACGCAAGCACGCAAUCACAAAGGAGGUAUAAUUUCCGAACUAUCAAUAAAUAUUACGAGUAGAUCGAUUAAUACAUAACCAUCAAACAUUACUCAUAAUUGCGUGAUACUCAGUAUUGCAAAACUGAUAAUAAAUGAGGUGCCGGGAAACAGUUCUAAUUUAACUUGCAACAACUAUUUACGUCAUGUUUCGUAACAUUUUUCCUCAACAAAAAGUUUGCUUCUAAGGAUUAUAUCUUGCAAUAUGCUUUGACUGUCAACUGAUCUGGUAAACAAUAUAAAUGUAUCUAAAGACAUCUUCAAGGCUUAUGGUUGAAUGUUUAUGUUAUUGUAGUAUAUUGUGAUAACGACGCUAUUAAACGUCGAUUUAGAAUAAUUUAGUCAUAUCUGUUUCAAUGUCUAAUAUAUAGUGAGUCAAUAACAUAUUAAUAUGUUUAGUUUUAGAAAUAAACAUGAUACGAGUGCUUUGAAAGGCCCUUCGGACAUGAGGCAACGCAAUUUGCGUAUGUUCGUGUCCAUGCAAUGACCAUUCAUCCAUAUCGGUGUUCGAGAUUUGCUUUACCUCGCGUACGAUAGGCCUAAGUCAUCUGAUGAAGUGGAAGUAAUUACAAUUUGAUAAACUUUUAAUAAUGGACAUGGCUAUUGUUGCUUAAACUUGUAGCCUCAUUACAUUUUAAAUAAGUAGGUCUUAUGAAUAUAUCGGUGUCAUACUCUACCGCUGUUUUACACGGACUGUUGAAGCAUUUAGCCAGUGAUGUAACGUAUUUUUCUAAAGAUCGAAGGAAUCGAACUGCUUCAAGCAGUCCAUGUAAGUGUGUAUAUAAACUAUUUCAUGUGCAAUGUGAAUGUCAUUUGGGAAGUCAUGUAGUCCCAGAAGGUAAAGAUUUUAUUCAGUGUAUACAUCAUUCAUUACAAGAACAUAAGUGUUCUACAUAUUUCGUCAUUAUUGUCAAGAUUUUAGUAUUUCAGGGUGAUUGUUUGAAGCGGAUUCAGCAACUCACUGUCGUGAUACAAGAGAUUUCUCUUUUAACACAACAGUAACAGUUUAACAAAUCUCUUUAAACAAUCAGUCAUUGUGGAAGUCUGUAUUACUAUUAUUAAUUUACAAACUCCAUAUUGUAUUAUUCUAUUUACAUUUGAUGUAAAUGUCGUAUCCAGUUAUGUCUCGUCAUUGUGUAUUUUAUAAGAUUCACACAUUUCGUAUAUUAGGCGUGGCGUGGAGAACAGAUGACUUGCGCAACGAACAACAUUUUGCUCAUACAUGCUUAAAACGUAAAAUAGUUUUUACGGUUUAAACAUGAAUAUACGUAUAAUGCAGGAUGUACAGAGAUGAUACAGUUCUAUAUAUGUUGGACGAUGUGCAAGCCUUCCUCGAUGUUAGGAUAUUAUUAAUAGAAAAUAAAAUACAUUUUUAUUAAGUAAA